AUGGCCGACCAAGCUGCCGCACCGCCUCAGCCGCCUACUCAGCUCAUCAAGUUCAGUGUUUACCUCUACAAGAAAGAGGAUAUUGACUACGAUGAGUUUCUCAACUGGGUGACCAAGGAGUACCCCUCCAAGGCAGCCCCCAUCAUGAAAAGACACGGUAUUGUGCAAUGGACACAGACCGUGACCCCUCCGCAUUUCCGGACCCCCUUCCGCGCUGCUCUUCAGCACAUGGGAAGGGACAAGUGGACGGUCCCCGACUACGAUGUGGUCAUGUCGUAUUGGAUCCCCACCCCCGAUACCAUGCAGGCUCUGACCCAAGACCCUGAGUGGAUCGAACUGGAGACCAAGGAAGCAAUGCCGCGGGCUAACAUGACAGUUGGUCACUUUGAGAUAGGGCAUGAGAUCGUCCAGUUCGGUGAAGUACGGUCUCAGGGAACUGCUUAG